CGCGCUCGAGGUUCACGUAAAACUGGACGGUGACAGCUGGUGCAUCUCUCGGCUUUGUAGCAGACGAUGUAAACAUAACUUUCAAGUUCGAUUUCUUACCACGAAUCCAGCCUGAGUAUGGAGUUGCGUUUGUAUCUGGCCGUGUUGUUCUUUUAAAGAGGACAGGUGCUAUAUAAAUGAGAAGAUGAGCAUGGAGUUGGCUGAGGAAGGAGAAAUCUGGCACGCUCAGGGUUGUCUAUGACUACCGCGAAGGCUAGAAAAAUAAUUUCACUUCUUGCAUGAAUUCAUAAUCUUAUGUGAAGAGAUUAGACGUGUAUAUAACUCUUUCGAGUCGGGAGCGUCCAAAAUCCAAAGAGCAGAGAAGAGAUGCAGUAGCAUCAGGGUUUGACAGCUGAUCGAAGUCAGUCCCCGGGUGUGGAACCGCGACGAGCCGCGUCGCCAUGGAGGAACAGAGCAAACCGACCAUGGUGUUCCACCCCAUUAUCUCCUCCAUACAGAAAAUCGCCCUGUACGAGACGAAAUCCCGGUUUUACCUGAUGGGCUCCAACAACACGCAGACGCGCUUCCGCGUCCUGAAGAUCGACAGGAUGGAGCCGCGGGAGCUGGUCCUGGUGGACGACAAGAGGGAGUACACCCAGGACGAGAUCAAGGACCUCGUCAACAUGAUCGACCUGGGUAACAGGACGCGAGGAGCGGGACAGCGCAACAACGUGGGCAGCGGCGUCGCGCGCAUCGUGUCCGCCUUCGGGAUCGUCGGCGAAAAUAGUAAAGAGCCUGCACCUAGUUCGGGUAUAUCAGAGGAGCCUGAGCGGCAAGAAUUACAAAAACCGCUGCACAAACCAACACAAACUAAAUUCACCUGGAAGAGUAUGUGGCAGAGAGACAUUUUUCCCAGGCUAGUACCAGCUUUUGCUCUCCUUGGAUUCGUACGCUUUUUGGAGGGAUAUUACAUAAUCCUAGUUACAAAAAGGCGCCGAGUUGCAGUUAUCGGUCAUCACACGAUAUAUAAGAUAGAAGACACGUCGAUGAUAUACAUACCGAAUGACAUUAUACGAAUCUUCCAUCCUGACGAACAGAGAUACGUGAAGAUGUACCAAAGUAUUGAUCUCAGUAGCAACUUCUACUUCAGUUAUUCGUACGACAUAUCGCACACUUUUCAAAGUAACAUGGCACCGCCGACAUGUAUCAAAUCCGAUGUGCCUACGAGCCAAAAGGAGUCUGAGGAAUCGGACGAUGCUGAAGAUUUUUUUAACAUGUGGGCAUUUAGGAAAGAUUGGCAGACUGAGUGCAAGAGCGACAAGUAUAUGGAUUAUGGUAUACGUAGCAAUCCACAGCGUCGUUUCGUGUGGAAUUCUCACCUUUUACAGCCGGUGGAGAAAGAUUUGCACCCCGAGUGGAUAUUGUACAUCAUACACGGCUUUAUCGGGCAGUCGAAUGUGAGCAUAUUUGGCAGAUCUAUGUACGUCACCGUUAUCGCCCGAAGGAGCAACAAAUACGCAGGAACACGCUUUUUGAAACGUGGCGCAAAUUUUGAUGGUGACGUCGCGAACGAGGUAGAGACGGAACAAAUCGUUCAUGACUCUGGCGUGAGUUCUUUGAGUAAGGGACGUUUUAGUUCUUUUGUGCAGAUGCGUGGAUCGGUGCCCGCUCAUUGGAGUCAGGACGUUAGCAAGAUGGUCCCAAAGCCGACUAUAAUUUGCGAUUUGCCCGAUCCUUAUGUGGAAACAGCAGGAGCGCAUUUUAAUCAGCUGUUGAAAAGAUAUGGCUCGCCAAUAAUAAUAUUAAAUUUAGUAAAGAAACGAGAGAAAAAGAAACACGAAAGUACGCUGAGCGAAGAAUUGAGUAUGGCUGUGAAAUAUCUGAAUCAAUUCCUACCUCCGGAGCAUCAUAUUCACUAUAUAAGCUUCGACAUGGCACGUAUGAGUAAAAGAAAGAAGGUGAACGUAAUGGCACGAUUAGCAAACAUCGCUCACAAUGCUGUAUUAAAGACCGGCAUUUAUCAGUCACAAAAUCCUUAUUACAAUCAGAGAAAUCUAUUCUCGCCACAAAACAAUAAUACGAGGAAACUUCACAAGACGAAUUCAAGCUCGACUUUGUCAUAUAAUUUAAGCGACACCAAAAGCUCAGUUAAUACUUCAAUUAAAAUGGAUUAUAACAGGCAAACAAAUUCCCUACACGGUUCCGAUUCAAAUGUAGAAAUCAAUAAAGCAAAUGAAUUAAAUUCAAUCCAGAAUAAAGUGAAGGAAUGUUUUGCUAAGAGAGGAACUGUGCAAACUGGAAUCAUCAGAACAAAUUGUGUAGAUUGCUUAGAUCGAACUAAUACAGCUCAGUUUGCAAUAGGAAAAUGUGCUCUAGGGUUUCAGUUGUGUGCUCUGGGUGUACUGGAAUCUCCUAAACUAGAAUUUGAUUCCGAUUGUGUGAGAAUGUUGGAAGAAUUGUACGAGGAUCAUGGGGAUACCUUGGCCUUGCAGUACGGUGGCUCGCAAUUAGUACACCGAAUUAAAACGUACAGAAAAACUGCUCCGUGGACAAGUCAGGGUAACGAUAUUAUGCAAACAUUAAGUAGAUAUUACAGCAAUACGUUUAGUGAUCAAGAAAAGCAGCAUACGAUUAACUUAUUUCUGGGAUUGUUCAUACCUGAAGAAGGUAAGCCUCCAAUAUGGGAGUUACUGACGGAUUAUUAUCUCCAUCAUCUAUCUGCUUGCCACUACUCGCGCAAGAGAAGACUUCUGACACAAUGGUGGGAUAAGAGUGUAUUGAGGUGUCUGCCUUACGCGCUUGACGAGGUAACUAAAUCCUGUUCAGAAAUGAUACAAGUACAAAACUCAACAGAAGAGAUGAUCGACGUUUAUUAUGAUUAUCACAGGCCGUACGAAUUGUCUUUGCUAUUGGAAGUAUAUGCAUAUAAAAUAAGUCACUCCGUUAGAGACUUUAUGCCACACUUUACCACCUGCUACAGUCCGUUUGCUGUCCGUGUACGCCCAGGUAGACGGAGAGAGGAGGCGGGUAGUAAAAAUCUAAAUAUGAAAAAUCCGUCUAUGACCGGCCAGAGCAGCACGAGUAGUACAACGUCUAGCGCAAGCUCGAGCGAGGACUCGAGCUCCGACGAAGACGAGAGCCAUCAACAAAUGGACGAUUCCCUAUUAAUUACUUCUAAAGACAGUUCAGAAUUAAUGUCGUUUGAAUCGCUGUUUCCUUCCAUGAAGGAGGUAUAUGGCACAGAACCGGAGUAUCCGAAACGAAACGAUAUUAUUCUGUACAAAAGAUUUGUUUUAAUAGGACGCAACGCAACGUAUUCCAUAGACCAUACUAAAUUGCGUUCGAAAUUAAUUCAACACGCAUCCUUUCACGAGUCUACAGCUGCUGUAACUGCGUUGCCUAGCGUUAAAGACGAAAGCAUAAGCAUAUACGAGCAAUACGUGAAAAGAGCCACAGUAGGUGGCACGAUACCAAGUCCAAACGACAUGAAUUUAUACGAAGCUUACGCUACUCAGUACAAACUGCUUAUGAAACCAGCGUGCUCUGGAUAAGACAAAGUUAAUUUUCACGUUUUUAUAAAUUGAACUUACUGUAUUAUACUGAAGGGACUAAAUAUUGUCAAUAUCUAGUCUUAGUUUGGUAUCAGUUUUGUAUCUCCAAUUGUUAAGACUAAGACUCACUUAGUGCCCAUUAUAUGCAAUUAUUUUGUGACUCUAAGAAUUUCGUGGACAACUUCGUUAAAUAUGUAAAAAGAAUAAAGUGCGAAGGGUCAGUU